AUGCGCCGCCUCCGCCGCGCCGCCGCGCUCCCCCUCCCUCUCUUCCUCCUCGCCCUCGCGGCCACCACCACCACAAAGUCCACAACGGCGGCGGCGGCGGCCGUGGCGAAGGCUCCCGCGGCAGCGGCGCCGCCGGCGCCUCCGAACGUGACCGCGGAGAUGGCCAAGGGCGGGUGCAAGGCGUUCGCGGACCUGAUCGCGGCGUCCCCCGACGCGUCGUCCACGUACCAGUCGGCCGUGGAGGGCGGCAUGACGGUGUUCUGCCCCUCCGACGACGCCGUGCGGGCGUUCCUGCCCAAGUACAGGAACCUCAGCGCGGACGGGAAAGCGGAGCUGCUGCUGUUCCACGCCGUGCCCGUGCACUACUCGCUGGGGAGCCUCAAGUCCAACAACGGGCCCAUGAACACGCUGGCCACCGACGGCGCCGCCCGGAACUUCAACUUCACGGUGCAGAACCAGGGCGACGUCGUCACCAUCCGGACGGCCGCCGCCAGUGGCGGCGCGCCGCCCGCGCGGGUCAAGUCCACGGCGGUCGACAGGGACCCGCUCGCCAUCUACGUCAUCAGCGCCGUGGUGGAGCCCGUGGAGCUCUUCAAGCCUGCGCCGGCGCCGACGCCCGCGCCCGCGCCCGCCCCCGCCGCCGCGGACGCGCCCACCAAGGCCGGCAAGGCGGCCGCGCGCCAGAGCCACGCGCCGCCCGCCGUGGCCGACGCGCCCGGCCCCGACGCGGAAGACAACGCGGCUCCUGUGGACCAGAAGGACGCCAAGAAGAGCGCGGCCGCCGGCGCGCCGUGCGACCGGUGGUGGCUCGCCGGCUCGCUGGCGGCGGCCGUGGCCUCAGCAUUGGCUUAG